AUGUCGAACUCCCAGGAACAAAGCCUGGACGAGAACGCCGUCUUCUUGCCCACGUCCGAAUCGUCCCCGGGUUUCCUCUACUCUGAGACGGAGCGAUUGGCUUUGGAGAGACUUUUAAACGCUGGGCCUGAAGGCUUCUACAGCACCGCGGGGUCACAACUUUCCAGCAGCUUCCUUUCACCAGAGGAAGUCACAAACAUCACAAACUGGGCCCAGGACUAUCAGCUGAGUCCAAAGCCAGAGCUGUGGGAAAAUGUGCUGGAAUUGGAGGAUUAUUGUUCCACGUACUACCCUGGGCAUUCGGAUACCCCGCCUCCAGGCCUGUGUCUGGGGUGGCCCGAGAGCAGCACCUGGAGAGAGCGAGAGAACAGUGUGAAGGUGUACAGCAGCCCCCCAGUGGAAGACGAGCCCCCCGUGAGAGAGCUCAUCCGACAGCAUCUGCAGAAGGCCACUCAAGUAAUCGCCAUAGUAACGGACAGAUUGACGGACUGUUCUGUGAUCGGGGACCUGCACAACGCCGCAUCUCGUGGGGUUCCCGUGUACAUCAUAUUAAAUCAGAGGUCCACUCAUGAGGGCACUGUGCAGCGGCUCUGGCAUCCGAACAUGCAGGUGCGGGUGCUCGGAGGGAAGAGUUUCUGCUCGAGGGCGGGACGGAUGGUGGUGGGAGAAAUGAAAGACAAGUUUGUUCUGGUGGAUUUACAGACUGUGAUUCACGGCAGCUACAGCCUCACAUGGUCAGACGCUCACCUCCACCGGCAGCUCGUCACCGUCCUCACCGGUUCUGUGGUGGACUCUUUCGACCGAGAAUUCAGGAUCCUCUUUGCUGGUUCCUCCCCAGUCCCUGAACCACGGAGGACUUAUUGGAACCAAAUACCCAAUCACAUCAACAACUUUUCGGAAAUAAUGUUCCCUAAACAUCUGCCGUACCUGGGGGCAGAGGUCACCAACCCUCCAUCGCCCCCUAGUGAUGCGCUGUUGGACUGGGAGGCCAUGGGGGUGAUGAGCGGAGGCUGCAGUGUCCCCAAUAGUCCACUGGAGCAGCACCAGGACGUGUUUUUGAAAGAUAAACCAGUCCUUAAUAAUGCCGCCACCACCACAGACAAGAAUACAACCUUUGCGGAUCAUUUUUUUAGCACUAAACACUUGCCUCUCGACAAAAAGAGGUUAAGUGAGCCACCCCCACCUCCUAUUUCUCCUGUCAGCAACUAUAUGUCACAUCUGAUCACAUCCUACAGCAAAACAAAUCCGGUAAAGCAGGAGCCACCCAGUCCAGAGAUGAGGUUUGAAAAAAGGAUAGAGCCCCGGGUGGAAAGAACUGUUGCAAGACAAAUUUCCCAAGAAAAUACAAAAUAUGAUAGAUACUUAAAGAGACCUGAGAAGGAGCCCGAUCCAUUGCACAAUGUAAACACAUUUUCCCACAUUAAGAGACACCAGGAGGUAUCUACUGUGAAAGAUGAGAGCAGCAACAGAGACAGAUCUGCUCUCACGCUGGAAAACACAUCUUCCUCAAGAAAACCUCUUAUCAUACGAAUGCCUCAAUCUGAAGACACCAGCUCUCUCAGUGACAUCAUGACGAGAAUUAAGAUGAAGCAAAGCACCCAGGAGCACCCGAGGGACCAGCCAAGGGACCACCUGAGAGACCACCCGAGAGACCAGCCGAGAGACCACCUGAGGGACCACCCGAGAGACCAGCCGAGAGACCAGUCAUGGGACCAGCCGAGGGAGCGCUCCAGGACGGCAUACGCAGAGCUGAGCCGGUCCAUGGUGGAUCUGAGUGUCCACAGCCCGGUGCAAGACGACAAAGCCGCCCCAGUGCCACGCUUCAGGGCAGGAGCGUUGGAUGUGGAGUUGCUGAGUCCAGCUUUGGCCCUGAUGCAGAAGAGGAACGACCACAUCCGAACAACUAUGAUGUUCCACACUCCCCUGAGCUUCCAGCCUCAAGACCGGCCACGCAGCUUCGCCUUCAGCCCAGACUGGAGGAACUCUCUGUCGAGGCUGGAUGCAAAGGAGGACGGACAAUGA